CUCAAUCGUAGUAGGCGCGAAGUAACGCUGUAACGCUUCGAUAGCACAAGCUACCAAGUGUUGGUGUGAGGACAAAUCUAGUGAAGUUCAGUGAAUAAUAAUUUGCUGACGGAAACUACUGCCCCUUUACGUUCCAAAAGUGCUGCUUCAAAGCGUCAUGCUUCCGGUCAACGGUUUGCUACACAGCCACUGAAACACAUCUGCGCCGUCCGUAAACUUGACCAUCAGACAUCGCUAAAUUGAUACGAUGAACACAACCGACGAUCGUCUGCCAAAGCUGGAAUUCACGCUUUCCGAGGACGAAGAAAAUGCUCUCACACUGUACGAGGAGCUCGAGCAGACGGACAUCAAUCCGACCAACCUUAACGUGAACUGUUGCUGUGGUCUGUUGCGCACCUCACCCUUCCACCAGCCAAAGUCUUCCUCAAGCCCUACCGGGCGCCUUCAGGUGGAUCCGUUACGACACGCAGCCAAUGUACAUCAUGGCCAUCAUGAUCACCACCAUCACCAUCAGCAUACGGACGAUGCAGAUCAGGACUUUCACAUUUCUACCCGAUCCUGCGAGGAGGACGAAUGCGACAAUGCACAGAUGGCCGACAGAUGGCGCCACAACGUAACACGGCGCAACGAACGAUACCGGGCGUUUGGGUUGCUAGAGUCCAGCAUUCUGAACAGUUUCCAGCUGCAAAACUUUCGCCGCAAGACGCCGAGUGUUUUCGAUUCGUCUAGCUCUUCGGGGCAGACGAGUUGCAGUUCCACUGCAUCGAGCAUGAUCGAGGACAUUUCGGACAAGAUCGAGGAAAUCGGAAAGCUCGACACCAACAUCCAUUCGCUCAUGUACAAAUCGGUCGAGCUGCAUAAUGACAUACUGUCUUUAGAGGCAACCACCAACCGCUUAAUAGCCGAUGCGAAAAAGCUUUCGGACGACCUGGAUGAUGUCCGAUUCCUAGACGAGCUGAUAGCCAUUCUAAACGGUGACAUCGGGCCGGUGAUACAUCGCGAAUGGCCCUACAAAAUCGACACGGAUGCCCCGAUCGAAGAAGGCACGCCUGUCACCUAACCCACACGGACCCGGAGCAAUCACAGGUGCACACCAGCACCGGUGCCCGUACUGUAAGCCAUCGCGCCCGGUUUGCCACAGUACGCCCCGUGAGCCGGUCCUAUUAUGCCUUAUUACACCGAUGGAACCUCGUGACCGAAGGAGGCUUUGUAGUGCCGCGUCCAUAGUGAAAAGAGAGAAAAAAAAACAGCGAACUGCGAAGAAAAUGCUAACCUAGACUUCAAGUUUAGUUUUUUUUUUACCGAAUCGAUAGCAACACACAACUAACGUUUCCUUCUACGCACCAUGCCGAUAAGAAACCAAUGUCCACCCGAAUGCCGGGAGGGAAAACUUCAACAUCAGGCCAAAUGUCCGCGGCAUCGUCCUCGGCGAUAAUUGGCUUACGGGCCGUGGUGGAAAUCGUCGUCCACGGUCGCCUAGCUAGUCUAUCCAAUAUUCAAUUUAAUGCUUCCGGGAAUGCAGCGAUUUUGUUCCCCUCCCUUUCCCCCCCCCUCCUCCCCCCAUUUUACCGCUGUCUUGGCAGUUCUUUGACAGCUUCUUAGCCAACAUAAUUGUAAGUGCGUAUAGUACCAUUGUCAGUGUAUUUGAAAAGUAGAUCAAAUAGCGGCAUACCUCGUUCCACUGGAAGGUCGAUUAUUUUUCGCAUCGUUUGCUACCGAGGCGUGUUCCAAACUACCGCUAAUGAGCAUCAUUACAGUAGAUUAGAAAAAUUAAACCUAAG